UAUGGAGACUUGCAAGACGCAACAGCUCCCAACAUAUACAUCUGCUAGUAAAAAAUUAAAGUAAAUUGUUACACCCACUCAAAAAAACUGUACGCGGUACGCCAAGGGGAACGGAGAAAAGCAUUAUUUUGUGGUUAUCUAAGACAGACCAGUCAGUCACUUGUUGGCACUUUUUUCCAUAUACCCAUCAUUCUCAACAUUUUUACCCUUUAUUUACCCUUUUUCUUUUUCAUCCAUUUUUAAGUUGAGAGGUUAACUGAGAUGCCUGAUCUACCCAUGGAUUUCGAUACUAACAGCAGUGAGAUAUGGGAUUGGACGUGUGGGGAAACUUUUCUUGAAGACUGCGAAAACUUUGGGCUGCAGCCUCAAACAGACGUAUCCGAAUCUCUAUGGACUGGUGUAACUGAAAAUAAGGAAGAUAUUUCCUACAUGUUUGAUGAUGAGAAAACACCAGUUAAGGACUGUGCUGACUUGACUUUCAAUGUCAAGGAUGUUACAAACAAGGAAUUGGAGCAGUGCAGAGAAUCUGGUAAAGUGGUAAAAAGACGCCGAGUGCUACAAUUUGACGCCGAGAUCCUGGAUAAUCCUGGUUCAAAUGAAGAGAUUGCAUUAACUUUCUUAAAAUCAAAGGAGAGGAAUGCAUAUUUUGAAGAAUCUAUAUGCGAGGUGUCAAAUUGGUUAUCCCAAUGUACAGAUGAUGCAACGUCAUCGGCUCAUGAAGGCUUGGAUGAGUCAUCUGAAGAAUGGCUCACUGAUUGCUUUAAUGAUCCUGAGUUGCAGAUUGGUUCCGAGGAUAUGAACACAUCUGGAGUAUCCGAUGUUCAAGCGGACACAAUGGAGGUUGUCAAUUCCCCGCCAGAAUGCGAGAUAACUAUGGUUAAAAGCAGUCCUGCUCGUACUUGUGGAAACAUUGUUAUCAAAGGUAGGAAUUCACACAUUCAAACUCCCGAACAAGGUGCGUCUUCUGUAGUGUACCCGUUUGGAUUUAUCAAACCCUGCAGCGUUCGAGGAGACAUGACUUUAAAAGAGAUUAACAAAAAGAUACACACUCCGCCACCAUCUAAAUCAAAGCAAAGGAAUCAAGAUCCACCUUGUUAUCCCACAUCAGCUUUUUCCGGAAAGCCUGUCAUUGGCAAGACGAAAAUUCACAUAGAGGGUGGAAGGGGCAGCAUUACAAUCAUGAGAACUAAAGGGUGAUUUUUUGAAAUGUUUUAUCUUUUUUUGACAAACUUUAGCAUGGCAUUGCUCCAAAUUCCCUUGAAAGAGCAAUUUCAUGGUAGUGUUUGGGUCUUUGGCACAUAAGUUGAUUUGUGGAUUAGUCUUUAUUAGGCAGAAAAUGGGGAGACUUGCUAGUGGAUCAGUCUCCCAUUAUUUUGGGAUCUCCAUGUAUAUUGGGUAAUUAGAUGAAUGACUUAUGUAUUUUGAUUAAGUAGCAAA